AUGCCUCCAAACCGCAAUUUGCCUGUUGGGCAGCAUGAGUCCCAACCAUCCAAACAACGGAUCAAACAAAUGAAUACUUCGCGAGUCAGAGCACGACCACCCUUCGACCUGAUUGAAGCCUUUUGCAAUCCAAACUUUGAGCCGUCGAUCAUGCUAAGCCCGCAACUCCGCGAGGACGUGGGUCUCCCACCUCACUUCUUGCCCCCCAUCACUACUCUGAGAGGCUUCAUGACGAUGAAAGAUCAGAGAUACCUGGACUCUGCGCGGGAGAUCGAACAGCUCAUAGCUGACCCACAUCGAGAUAACCCAGUAGCUAUCACAGCCGAGGAAGAAGAUCUGAUGAGUGAAAUCACCUUGGAAGACGUUGACAAGAUGCUUGAUGGCAUCGCUCCAGCAAGCCCAGGAAUCGAGCAGACCGCCAACCAACACUGGAACGAGUCAAUGACCACCAUGGGCCAGGGAAGAGAACUGACCGGUGAAGUCAUUUUGGAAGACACCGACAAGAUUCUCGAUAGCACUGUCCCAGAGAACCCAGACCUCGAGCAGAAUUCGAUUGAGGAUUUGACAUCCAAUCUCUCGUCCCUUUCUGAGACUCUAUCUGAGCCUCCAUCGACCCCAGAAUCUGACCGAGUCCCCAGACGCGUGCGGUACGCUGCAGCUUCUUCGCCCGAGCCCGGCCUAGCACGCCGCACUCGAAGCAUGACAGCCACUGCCAUCUCCGCGUCCACCUCGCCUGCGCCACUCUCCGGCCCUUCUGAGAUCGAGGAGCCAUCAUCAUGGGAGACAGCAUGUCAGGCAGAUAAGCACAUGUCACACUUGAAGGAUGCCGGCAAGGGAUGGUUGGAAAUCACGGAUACGUGGAACCGCGAGACCGGACAGAAGAAGACCAAGCAAGAAGUGAAGGCGCGUUGGGAGCUGAUCAAUGGGACUAUCGGACGAUGGACCGGUGUUGAUGUGAGUUUCUAG